AUGCAUAAUGGGAAAGACGGGAAAUCGGCUACUGAGAUUCUGGAUUUUCAGUAUAUUCGGCCAGCACGUGCCAUCACCCGUAUUGACUCAAAGUACAGAUUUUCUCCUUCUUGUCAUGUUGAGGUCCUUCAUGAAGAUAGCUGGUGGCCUGGUGUUAUCCUGAAUGUCUUAGGCACCAGAACCGACAAGAAGUAUGUGGUAAUGUUGGAUUGUCACAAGACAGAUCUGGAUGACAUCGACCAUAUGGAUAUGCUGAGGGUUGAAAUUACGCAGCUCAGGCCACUGUGUGACUGGGACGGUGAAAAAUGGGAAUCUGCUAACGGACCUGAAUCAACUUCUCCAAAAAGGCCGGCUGCCUUGUAUAAUGACUCUGAUAAAAUUAGUGAUGAACCUGGUUCUCAUCGUGACAAAAAGAAGUUGAAGAAUGCAGAUGUGGUGCCAGAACAAAUUUCUCCUCCAUCUGUUGGUAAAGAAAACAUUGAAAUUACUCGUAAGCAGGGAAAUGCAGUAUUGGCACCAAGAUCUGAGUUGUCACCUCCUUCGCUGCCACCAAUGGCAUCAUUUGGCCGUCUGAGUUCUUCAUCUUCACCUGCUACAAGCUGUCAUCUUGCACAAUCAUCUUCUCACAUUCAGGCUUCAUUGUUUGGAGCGUUUGGACAAUCAAGGCCUAUUCCACAGGGCCUGCCAUUAGGAACGCAAUCGCUUAUUUGCUCAUGUUUUACCGGUAUUAAAGGGUCAAAAAAAGUAUUAAGCGAUCAGGAUAAGCAGUCAACUGCUGGAACUGGGACUGUACUGUUCAGACAAAUGAAGGUAUGUGUUUCUUUCCAAACAGCAGUGCCUGUAGGGGAGAAGCCUGAAACUCCAAUGGAAAGGAUAGAUGCUAAAGCCAUUGAAGAAGGCAGCAACGUUGUCUCUGUUUCUGAAGACCGUUCACAAUCACACCAAGGUAAUGGAACACAUGAUUCUUGCUGUCCCUUGCCUGCGGAAUCUGUGGCUGUGCAUGAGAGUAUCAUGCACACGAGUGGCCAGCUUUCAGAAUCCUCAGCAAUCCAGCAGCUUCCAAUUGUGAAGACCUCCCCAUUGUGGGCACAGCUUGAGGCACUGGAAAUAUUCAGGACAAUGCCACAGCGGCCAAAUCUCCAUCAGUUUCAGCAGCACGUUCCGGAGCUCCAUGAAGGACUGGCACUAGGUCUGAUGAUCUCUUUUGCUAGUCUGGCAGAAAGCAUAAACAGGCUGGGUGUUGAGGACGACAACGAGCUGCUCGAGCGGAAGAUGAAUUGCCUGGCUUAUCUCGAGGCAAGUGGUUUCGACGUCGGGGACCUGAGAUCGCGCGUGGAAGCUUUACUUCACAUGAAGAAUAGCCGUGCCGAAGUACCGGACGCUUUGAAAAAGCUGGAGGAGGAGAUUGCUCGCGAAGAAGCCGACGACCAAGAACUGGGCACGCAACUUCGCGCCCUGGCUAUGGCUGUCCGUCACCUUGAACUAGAUGCCUAUCUUGUGCGCAACGUAAUAAGGUCUACCGUCGCACGGAGGAUGAACAAUGCCAUGGAGAUCUCGAGGCUCAAGGCGGAAGCGAACAAUCUGUCCUCCGCCGUGCCGCGGUGA